GAAAAUAUUGAAAUCCAUUAAACCGACUUAAGCAUAGAGAUCAAUGAGUUGGGCGGCGCGUUAAUGACGAUAUUUCGAACCGUUAGUGGCACCAGCGUGCAAAAACAAGCAUUAAUUGCGGCGGCGUCUUCGCGAUUGGGUGAAAGUGCCUACAGCCCCGUGUGGGCAGUUUUUUGGUGCGUUCUUUGCCGAUAGAGUGUGAGCGAACCCAAACACAACGGAAUCAAUUGGCCCGUUGACGUCCUCAACCCACAUCGCAUGUAUUAAUAAUUUGAAUAAAAAUCUCACCCAGUUGCCUAUUAAUAAAACCGAAAGUGUUUGAAUAGCGCACGAUUGCUCCGUCUCUCGAUGUCGACCUGUUAAGCGGCUAAGAGAUUUUUGAAUCUUCGACAAAAAACCCAAGGAUCGAUAACGCAAUUGGAAUGUGCGUCAUGGGAAAUUGGUUGCUGGGCUCGCUAGCUGGUACCCAUUAGCAGUGAUUAGUGAGAACAACGGAACCAUGGAGGAGGUUGCCGAUGUGCACAGUGCGAAAAUCGGACACGAACACCAACAGAACAGCACGCAGCCGUCGGCCCAACUGACCUCCAAGGAGAAAAACUACUUCAGAAGCAUAUUCGAAAAGUACGAUCGAGAUGGAAGCGGUACAAUUGACGCGCAAGAACUGGCAACCAUGCUACGGGAGGACGCGGAAGUGUCCGACAAAAUCGUCCGGAAACUGAUCGUGUACAGCGACCGGAACAACGACGGCAAAAUCAAUGUGGACGAAUUCACCAACAUGGUGCUGGACACGAAGCUCAAGUCCCUGUUCGGACAAUACGUCACCAGCUACGUGGACUACGUGGUGCCCAAGAGCAAACGUCACAGAUUCAAGCCGAUUGGUCGAAGCGCGACCGCCACUACCCAAGAUGGAUUCACUGAGCCGGACGGUGCAUACGAGACAGGGUACACACUGUGGCCGCCGCCGCUUUGCAUGGCGCUGAUGUCGAUUUGCGAAAUUAUUUGCUUUGUCCUCAACAAUCACAUAACAAAUGACGACUCCAAACAGUACCAGGACGCCUUCCAACCAGUGGCGCUUGCCUUGAUUUACCAUCCAAGGCGGCGACACGAAGCCUGGCGCUAUUUCACAUACAUGUUUGUACAUAUUGGAUGGGCUCACCUGAUCAUGAACCUCAUCUGUCAGAUCUGUCUAGGACUGCCAUUGGAGCUGCGCAAUAGAUGGUGGCGGGUUCUUACCGUAUACGUGGCAGGAGUGGCAUGUGGCUCCCUCAUGACCUCCAUCUUCGACCCCCAUGUGUUCCUUGCUGGAGCCAGUGGCGGCGUCUACGCCAUAAUCACCGCCCAUCUUGCCAACAUUGCAAUCAAUUGGUCUGAAAUGACGUUUCCGGCCAUUCAACUGUUCAUCAUGUCAUUGCUGAUCAUAUGCGACGUUGCCUUCGCGGUCCACAACCGGUACCUCAGCGGCGAUCAGACGCCCAUUGGCUACGCGGCGCACGUUGGAGGCGCCCUGGCCGGCCUGUUGGUCGGCAUUUGGGUUCUAAAAAACGUGGAACCCACCAACAGGGAGAAGUACCUUUGGUGGGCGGCUUUUCUUAUCUUUUUGCUGCUAAUCGGCACCGCUAUCCUUUUAAAUGUGUUCUGGACGGCACACUUUUUCUCAACCACGUAUUAAAAUCACGUCGAUUAAUAAAUUAUUGCCUGAUAUUUAGUCCAGUUGUAUAAGUUAACUACACAACGCAGAAACUUGCAAAUCUUUUGUAAAAAUUUACGUAAUAAAACUAGUAAAAGCUAAAAAACUUGACUUGACCCUUGAACUUACAGCAAAAGUUUGAGAAAUUUGGCAACGAAGCUUCAUGAUUUCACACCUGAGGUUUUUAUCACGAAAAAAUUUAGGAACGCACUCCAGCUAGCGCAUGCACGACACAUUGUAAAUGCGAUGUUGUCACUAGUAUCAGAGAGUUAUUAUAUAUAUUAUAGUUUGCCGUAAUGACCAAGGGGGAUCAAACAAGGGUAGAAAACUUCAGUUUGUUUAUCGUAUCUGUUCCUCGUGCUCCACUAAGCCUAGAAUAAUAUGCACUUCAAGACAUAGUAAUACUCAUCGGACAUUGUUCUAAAUAAAAAUAUUCUCUUUCCUCAGCCUGAUAACCACCCCUGUUUAUAAAUAUAAGUAUUAGCAAAAAUGUAAUAUUCAAGUUCAUUUUCACUUGCUCCGCCUAUAACGGCGGCUUCUAGAACCUCCUUCAUUAUAACAAUUAAGCGUAAAUGAUCAACAGCAACCAAAAUCGAAUUGAAAAGGUAAAAAAUACAAAUACACCAACGUAAAAUGAUUAAUAAUAAAUUGUGUAAGGUUAGGUUACACAAUAACACAUGACAGUAUUUAGCAUUUCCAAUAACUCUCUAAUAUCGCGCCGCUGUAGCAUUGGAAGAACGAUUUACUUUAUUUUACGUAUUUUAAUGGAUAGAACGCGUAAAAACCAUUCUUAGCUUACGACAGUUUGAGUUACUUUAGGCUCGAGUCAAAUUCCACUAAGUUUAUAUCUGAUAAACCUUUAUGAAGUACAGUUUCACAACCAUUUUGUUCGUUGACCAGCUCCGACAACUAAUUGAACAAAUUUUGAUAAAACUAGUUGCACAAAAGCACGGAAUGUCUGACUACGUAAGAAUGUCGGUGCUGCCUGGCAACACCGCCGUCAACUCUUGCUUAUUUACUAGUCCUGUAAAAAUUCGGAAGUAAUUUAAAGUCUGUUGAAGCUCAUCGGCAAUCUACAACGGCACCGAGAUGAAGAUCGCCACUGUUUUUUACCCAGCAGAAACGUUAGAAAAAAAUCAACUUCCGACUCGGCUACAGUUUUAAGACCGAAAGUGCUCCCAUAAAAAUAAAAACGAUAUACUGCUAAAAUACAUACAGAAAACAGCCCUGGAGUCUUUAAAAGCCAUGGAAAAACACCACACAACUCAUAUAACAACAAAAAAAACAUUGCAACUAUUCAGACUUUAACAAAUGAUUACUGUCAGAAGCGUUGACGCAUAUGACAUAACCGAAGAAUAUCCACGACUACGUUCGGAAAUAGCAAUCUACUUACACCCAAGUAAAAGAAUAUCAAUAAAAACUCGUUUCCACAUAGCGCAAUUCAACUCAAUUCGCGACAAAUUUACAAAGAUCCAUUAGUAGGCAAAUUUUAAAGGCUAAAAUUUAAAACUUAACUAUUUAAUCGUGAUCAUCCAACCAGCCAAGCCACGCCCAACAGUUGGCUCGCUCAAUGAAAACGUCAGACCAGACAAGUAUAACCUAGAAAAUCGACAAAUAAAAACAACAUAGAAAAAUGGACCAGAUUAAGUCACCAAAGAGUUUCAAGAAGGUUGAGUGGACAUUCAAGAGCAUCGUGGACAUUGCCAAGGACAUAAAACCAUCCGGCUGGAUUGUGGUGGCCACCAGAAGCAAACUGUCCUUCAUGGAACUGUCGCUGGGACAGCAGGGCCCCGCGCUGAUCGAAAAGCAGCUCGUUUUAGACCACCAGCUCGAAUCGGAGGCGUAUUUGGGCCCCGACAAGGUCGCAGACGGCUUGUUUCCCUUCAAGCUGCACAACAUACAGUCGUCAGGGGAGCUGUACGUGUGUCUGAAGCUGUUCGCCAGCUAUGGGCUGUGCCAAGGCAAUAAGAACUUUAAGAGGAUCAACAAGAACGGCGAAGUGAGCGUAACGGACUAUUGGAAAAACACAAAUUGCCACAAGGUGUUCGACAAGUCGCUUAGACGGCCCGAGCACUGUUGCGACGCCUGUCUUCAGCUCAACCACAUAUUGCCGAAAAAGAUCAACAACGUCUACUUGAGCUUGAACCAGCCCGCUCUAUUCAAAUCAGUUAAGUCCUGUUACACGCAAAAAGGCACAAGACAACGCUCGGGCAAACGGAAAAAACCCGACCCGGAGCAGGCUCUCAAAAGGCCCAAAGAGGAGCGCGAAGACGCGCUCUUCAGUACUGAAUUUGUGAUCGUCAAAGAGGAACCCCUGUCUGACCAUUAAAAUUUGACUGGCCUCACUUUCUAGUUAUUUGAUUGUUUCCAGUUUUGUUUCGUCGCAUAUAUGAUGUAUUUCUUUCUGUUUAUGACCUUUACGAAAUAUUUAUUAGAAGUACAUUUUGUUGUAGAUAGACUAUCCAUAGUGUAAUAUAAAUAUGUUCUGUUGUAUAAUGAUUAAAGUCGGGUUUAUUUACAAA